AUGAUCAUCCUGAGACCGGUAAUAGCAGUGUUUGGCUUGGCGCUGGCCGUCCACCAACUGGCAGCAGAACGGCCCCUGUCCAACAAGGUUGAUGUUGAUCCACCGCUGAUAGCACCGGAGUUGUUUAGUGAGGAAGCACAGUUCGUUCCAUUCCAAGAUGUAGAUGAAACCUACCGAUUGCCGAAGACCAGCGUUCCGACUCAUUACACCAUUCAAUUAAAUACCGGAGUUCACACCGGUGAUACCAAGUUCCAAGGAUCGGUGGAAAUUCAUUUAACCGUGAAAGAGGAAACUAAGGACAUAGUCGUACACAAUCGUGGUCUAACUAUCGAAUCUGCUCAAUUGGUCGUUGUGCAAGAAGCGGGUAACGUGCAAUUGACUGAUCCAACGUGGACCCUAGAUUCCCGGGUGGAACAGCUUAGUUUCGCCAAUGAGCCAGCUUUGCAACCGGGAAAUUAUAUCUUAACUGUUACCUUCUCCGGAAGAUUGGGCCUGAACGAGGAUGGAUUCUACCGGUCCUCCUACACCACGGAUGAAGGCGCAACGGUAUACCUAGCUACCACACAGUUCGAAUCUACCAGCGCACGCACGGCCUUCCCCUGCUACGAUGAACCCGGCCUGAAGGCUACUUUCGACGUGAGACUCAUUCACCACAACAGAUACACGGCUCGAUCGAACAUGAAGCCGGCCAGUACCGGCGCACUGGCGGAUGACUAUCAGGUGACGAUAUUCGAAAGGACCCCGGUGAUGUCCACCUAUUUGCUGGCGUUCGUCGUGUCCGAUUUCCAGUCCCGGGGAGACGAACGGCACGAGGUGUACGCUCGGCCCAACGCGCUGGACGAAACGGAUUUCGCCGUCGAGGCGGGCGGUAAAAUCUUGACCGCCCUCGGUACCCACAUUGGCAUCGAUUACUACGAACACAUGCCGGAGAUGAAGCAGUUUGCCAUUCCCGACUUUGCCGCGGGCGCCAUGGAAAACUGGGGUUUGGUUACGUAUAGAGAGCAAUACUUAUUGUUCGAUCCGGCUAUCAGUACUUAUCGGACGAAAACCAAUAUUGCCACUAUCAUUGCGCACGAAUUUGCCCAUCAGUGGUUUGGAAAUCUGGUAAGCCCCGAAUGGUGGGAGUACAUUUGGCUCAAUGAAGGUUUUGCUACGCUCUAUGAGUACUACAGCGCUCACCUGGCGUACCCAACUGAGGGUUACUGGGAGCUGUUCAAUCCGUUCGUUAUUCAAGCGGCUAUGGUUCCGGAUGGGUUGGACUCGACGCGACCUAUGACAUGGAAUGCUGCCACGCCUUCGGAGAUUGGACGGUUGUUCGAUCGUGUUGCCUACCCGAAAUCUGGAAGCGUGUUGAACAUGAUGCGUCACGUGCUUGGCGAGGACAAUUGGGUUGCCGGUCUGAAGCUGUACCUAAACGAACGAAAAUUUAAUGGUGCCAAUGUUGAACACUUGCACCAGGGCUUGCAGGCUGCCAUUGAAGGCAAAACAGUGCUUCCGGCAGGAGUCACCGUCAAACAGAUCAUGGACAGUUGGACAACGGAGAAGGGUUAUCCGGUUUUGAGUGUACGCCGGUCGUACGAAACGGGCGAUGUCAUCAUAUCGCAGGAACGUUUCAUUUCCGAUCGCAAGGUUCCGAACAGCAACGUUUGGAUGAUUCCGUACAAUUUCGUGCAAAAAUCGUCGGCCGAUUUCUCCAACCUGAACAGUUACGAUUGGUUGAGCACGAAGGCAGCUCGGUUGAAGGCUAACAUUCCAGCCAACGAUUGGGUUAUCUUCAACAAGCAGCAAGUCGGUUUCUAUCGUGUCAACUAUGACGAUAACAAUUGGAAGCUAAUCACCGAAGCCUUGCACAGCGACUACGCCAGCAUCCACUAUCUGAACCGUGCUCAACUGAUCGAUGACGCUCACUGGCUGGCCCGGUCCGGACGUCUAGACUUCGAAACGUUGCUGAAUUUGAUAACCUACUUGGAAAACGAAGACGCGUUCGCCCCCUGGAACGCAGCCAGCAGUGUUCUCUCAUAUUUGAACACCAAAUUCCGAGGAACACCCGCUCAGGGUGACUUUUUGGUUAUGGUAAGAAAACUCAUCGCCAAGAUGUACGCCAAAUUGUCCGUCGAUUCGGUUGCUGGUUCGGAAAAACUCCUAGACAAAUACUUGAAGCAGACCAUUUCAACGUGGGCCUGCUCGUCCGGCGUUGAAGAUUGCCUGGACAAAACAGCCGCUGCUCUGACGAACGAAGCAGUGAACGGAGUUCGAGUGCAUCCGGACAUCGCCAGCGUCGUCUACUGUUACGGUCUGCACAAGGGAGGAAAUACGGAAUUCCAGUACCUGUACAGACAGAUUUACUUCUCGCAAAACUGGGCCUACCGUACGAUGCUGAUCGAUUCGCUGGGAUGUUCGCAAGACGAAACCCUAUUGAAGGAACUUUUGCAAACCGUCAUUGCCGGUAACGGCGCCGGUGUGGAGAUUAACUACAAAUCGAGUGAACGUACACGAAUCGUACAGGCAAUUUACUCGGGUGGACGCCCGGGAGUGAACGCUCUCAUUGAUUUCCUCAAAAAUCCAGACCAGGCACGGGAUUUCGAGAGUCGGCUCGGAAUCAACACGCUCAACAGUGUUAUCGCAAAUAUCGCUUCACGAACGACCACCGAAGAGGAAGUCCUACAGCUGGAAGAGCUGAUAACUAGCUUGGGAGCGUACGUUACGGACAGUGUUGCCCAAUCGGCUCGCAGUACCGUGAAAUCCAACCAGGCUUGGCACACCGACUACGAGGGUCUUCUGAUAGCGGAUUACGUUAAGGAAUUCGCUGACGGGGAAACGACUACCACCACGAGCGAACCCACUACUCCUGUGACCGAUGAUGAUACGACGACCACCCAAGAUCCGGCAACGACGACUCCGGAGCCGGACAGUGCCGUGUCCACGGCGAUUUCAAUCACGGUGCUGAUUGGCAGUGUAAUCGUUUCGCUGUUCAGAUAG